CUUCCAUGUGCCACUGCGUCAACUGACGACUUUCUAUAACCACCACCAGCUGCCAAAGCCCAAAAAGGCAAAAAUUACAGAUAAUUUUGUCUCUUCCUGAAAUAUCUCCUGCCCUAGGUUCCACAGCAGAAAACCGAUCCUUUUGCUCUGAGGUCAAUCUGCCCCAAGGUGCACGAAGCCACAAACAUCGGCCAAUCCGCACAUCCGCAUCACCAUGGGCAUCAAAGGCCUCUACCAAGUCCUCAAGGAGGAGGCACCCGACGCCAUCAAAGAAGGCGAGAUCAAGAACCAAUUCGGCCGCAAAGUGGCCAUCGACGCCUCCAUGAGCAUUUACUCCUUCCUCAUCGCCGUGCGCUCCGACGGCCAGCAGCUGAUGAACGAGUCGGGCGAGACGACCUCCCACCUGAUGGGCAUGUUCUACCGCACCCUCCGCAUGGUCGACAACGGCAUCAAGCCGCUCUACGUCUUCGACGGCGCGCCCCCGAAGCUCAAGUCGGGCGAGCUGGCGAAGCGGUUCCAGCGCAAGCAGGAGGCCCGCGAGGACCUGGAGGAGGCCAAGGAGACCGGCACGGCCGAGGACGUCGAGAAGUUCUCGCGCCGCACCGUCCGCGUCACGCGCCAGCACAACGCCGAGUGCCAGCAGCUCCUCAAGCUCAUGGGCAUCCCGUACAUCAUCGCCCCCACCGAGGCCGAGGCCCAGUGCGCCGUCCUGGCCCGCGCCAACAAGGUCUACGCCGCCGCCAGCGAGGACAUGGAUACCUUGACUUUUGACUCGCCCAUCUUGCUCCGGCACCUUACCUACAGCGAGCAACGCAAGGAGCCCAUUCAGGAGAUUCACUUGUCCAAAGUCCUAGAGGGAAUGGGAAUGGAUCGCAAACAGUUCGUCGAUCUGUGCAUACUACUCGGCUGCGACUACCUCGACCCCAUCCCCAAAGUCGGCCCAAGCACAGCAUUGAAGCUGAUCCGCGAACACAAGACGCUCGAAGGCGUAGUGGACUACAUCAAGAACGACCCCAAGCAAAAAUACACGCUGCCCGACGACUGGCCAUUCGCCGACGCCCGGGAACUCUUCCUCAACCCGGACGUGCGGCCGGCAGACCACCCCGACUGCGACUUCAAGUGGGAGAAGCCGGACACGGAGGGGCUCGUGAAGUACCUCGUGGUGGAGAAGGGUUUCUCGGAGGACCGGGUGCGGAACGGCGCGGCGCGGUUGGAGAAGAACGUCAAGGGAACACAGCAAAGCCGGCUGGACGGGUUCUUCAAGACGCUCCCCAAGACGGAGGCGGAGAAGGCGGCGCACAAGCGCAAGCUGGAAGAGAAGCAAGAGGAGAAGAAGAAGAAACAGAAGCUGGAGAAGAAGGAAAAGGCACAGGCUAGGGCCAAGCCACGGGGUACAUGAGUAGUUGUUUUGACUGCAAUGUCGUGUAUCCCCCCC